GGGCAACUGUCACCCUUACAGGGACGUUUGCCUUCUGCUCAAGGAGAAACGUUCCCUCUGGAGGCCUGGGCUGCAGGUGCCUCCGGUGGCCCCCAGUUCCCUGACGUCGGGCCCGCCGGCGUUUUGGUGGAGCAGGUGGAGCAGGCCGCGCCUGGAAACCGCAGGGCACACCUCCUCUAGCCCGGCGCCGCCCUCUGUGAACCAAGACCCUGGCCUCCGCAGGCCACAGUCCCAUGCAGGACGCCCGAGUAGACAUGGGGCCCCAGGCUUCCCCGGCCCAGAUUUCUGAGGACACCUUGGCCGAGGAGGCCGGGAACGCCACGAAAAGAACCCUGCAAUUGGGGACGGUUUCCACUAGCCUGAUCAAGUUCCACGGUUUCCCACAACAGGGGAACGAUCAGGCUGUGGCCAGGCCCGCCCUUAGGAAGAAAACACGAGAAGGGAAAGAAAGUUUGGAAAGGCCUUGUGGCUUGGGCUGUAUAGUUAUUCCCAGCUGUCAGCGUUUCAACAACAUCCAGUGCUUCCUGGUUUUCUUCUGCAUCCUGGUCGUCUCUCAAGGUAUUGUGUUUGGUCUUGUAGAUCUAAGCAUUGACACUUUUCAGAAGGAGAAUCAUCUGGGGACCAGUGAAAAUUUAGUGUUAUCUUUGACUUAUGAUAUUUCAUCUUGCCUGAUAGUACUAUUUAUAUCACACUAUGGAGGGAGAGGAAACAUACCAAGAUGGAUUGCAUUUUCUUCCUUUUUAGUAGGACUUGGCUCACUUUUCUUUGCUUUUCCAUACAUUAGUGAUGGACGUUAUCAAUUGAGUGCAGACCCUGAAGAUACUUGCCAAGAAAUGAAGAUCAUCAAGACUUGCAGGAAAGCCUCACCAUCAUUCCAAGCAAAAUACAUAGCUUCCUUCAUCCUGGGGCAGAUUGUGCAGGGAAUAGCAGGCAUGCCUCUUUAUAUCCUUGGAAGAGUCUUUAUUGACAACAGUGUUGCCACACACUCAGCUGGCAUUUAUCUAGGCUUAAUGGACGCUUCAUUAAUACUUGGAUAUUCUUUGGCUUAUGUGAUAGGAGCACCCCUUAUGAAGGGGACUGAAAACAAUACUUUUCCUAUUAGUGUUGAAGACAUUGAUGAUCAUCACAAGUGGCUGAGGAGUUGGUGGAUUUAUUUCGGUUUUGUCUCACUUACUGCAUGGAUAACAUUAAUACCAUUGUCAUGCUUCCCACACAGUAUACGAGGUACAGCAAAGAUAAAAGCUGAGAAACGCAAACAGCUUCAUCCGUUUGACAACAAGUUUAAAGAUAAGGAACUUGGAACUAGUAUCAAGGAUUUAUUUGCUAAUACUUGGGUUCUGAUGAAGAAUCCAGUAUUUAUAUGCCUAGCUCUGACCAAAGCUUCAGAAUCUUUAGUUCUUAUUGGAGCUUCUGAAUUUUUGCCUAUAUAUAUAGAAAAUCAGUUUGUAUUAACACGCACCACAGCAACUAAAAUCGCAGGCUUUGUUUUGCUUCCAGGAGGUGCACUUGGCAAGCUUCUGGGAGGUAUCAUUGUUUCCAAGUUACACAUGUCUUGUAAAGCCCUUAUGAGAUUUACAAUCGUUACAUCUGUUAUAUCACUUGUAUUCUUUGGGUUUGUAAUUUUUGUACGCUGUGAUACAAUACCAUUUGCUGGGAUCAAUGAAGAUUAUGACGGAACAGGACAGUUGGGAAACCUGACAGCUCCUUGCAAUUCUCAUUGUAGAUGCUCAUCUUCACUAUAUUCUGCUAUAUGUGGAAGAGAUCAUAUUGGAUAUUUUUCUCCUUGCUUUGCAGGCUGUAUACAAUCUAAAAUAAUACAAGAUCACAAGGCAUACUACAAUUGUUCUUGCAUUCAAGAAGGGUUAACAACUGCAGAUGACCAAGGUGAUUUUAUUGACGCUAGACCUGGGACAUGUGAUGCAAAGUGCUAUAAAUUACCUUUGUUCAUUGCUUUUAUCUUUUCUACGAUUUUAUUUUCUGUUUUUUCUGGUAUACCAAACACCCUGACCAUCCUUCGGUUUUAUCAUAAGAACAAGGGGAAGCUGUUAAAGUAUCCUACGGGAGACAGUGAAGUAAUCAAAGUUUCACAGAUUGUAUCUGACAAUCAACGUUCUUUGGCCUUGGGUUUGGCCUUUGUGUUUUUGAGAAUAUUUGGGACUAUACCUGGACCAAUAGUUUUUAAAAUGACAGCAGAUAUUUCUUGUAUCUUUCGGGAGACUGAAUACUGUGGGAAAAAAGGAAAUUGUUGGAUCUAUAACAAGAUGAAAAUGGCCUACCUAUUGGUAGGAAUAUGUUGUAUUUGCAAAGUAGUCACUAUCUUCUUCACUGCUAUUGCAUUUUGCCUAUGUAAAUAUUUACCAAAGGAUAACAGUGAAAUCCUGCAUAUGCCCGUGAAGAAUCCAACAGUAAAAAAAAAAAGAAAAAACUAAUUUAUAACUGGAUCAUUAAUGUGGAAGAAUUAUACACUGUCAGUCCAUCAAUGGAAUGUUAUACUAAUAAAAUUUGAAAUAAUUAUAAUAUAGUUACAUGUUUAAUAAAUGAAUGUGACUCAUA